AUGGACCCCAAUGCUGGUUAUCCUGCUGGCUUUCCCGUGCCGACUCAAAGCCCCCCGAACCAAAUGUCUUUCUACCCGAAUUCGAUUCCCCAGUACCCCCUGUCCAAGACACCUAUACAACCUGUCCAGCAGCAGCAGCAGCAGCAGCAGCAACAGCAUUCCUUUGGCGCGAUGCCCAUGCAGCCAGGCGGCCCCGGAGGAGCUAUGAUGUCCACUAAUUUUCCCCAUCAGUCAUCCGUCUCGAUGGACGCGUUCUCCGCGCCGUUCACCCAGCCCCCCGUCCCUGCCAAUAUGACCCCAUUCUCCCAACCAGGCACUGUACCCAACGGGCCCUCGGCCGUUCAGCAGGCCUUCAAUCAGAACAUGGCGUCGAUCCAGCAAAACAAUCUACUUGUCAACCAGCCGAAGCCUCCCCAGAUGAGCUCUCCCCAAACGACCCAACCCGGGACUCCGGCCCAAGCCCAGUCCCCAGCACAAGCUCAGGCCCAAGCGCAGGCACAAGCUCACAUGGCGGCCCGUGAGAAGGCCCGCGUCGCAACCUUGCUCGAUAUCAAUUCAGCAUUAUUACAGGAAGUGGUCAAUCUACAGGCAUCUGGGAGGGCAGGCGGGGAGGCCAGUGCGUCCCCUACGGAUCAGGGUGGAGAGAUCGCCAAGGCCGGCUCCAAGCCGAGCCAGGAGUAUAUUGAGUGUAUGCGCCGAUUGCAGGCCAAUCUGGCUUACCUCGCGACGAUAGCCGACCGCGCAAAAAAGUCAGGCGGCGUUGCUCCCCAGGCUCCGGCCAUCAUGACCCCGCCUCCUCUCCUGCCUGCGGUCCAUGACCUUUAUACUAAACUGAAUGAGUUGUUCCCACGAUCGGGCAAGGCCUCUACCCCUCAGAAGCUCAGUCCAGGAACGAUGCAGGGUAAUGGCGGGCCCAGUCCGUCACCAGUCUCGGAAUCAGUGGUCUGA